AGUGGAAAAAUAUUCACGUGAUUUCGGGUGCUGCUCCGUGUGGGGUGCAAAUUUUUCAUCAAUCAGCAAGUGUCAUCCAUCCGGUGCAAGUAUAUAGUGUGCUGAAGAGAAAGUCGAAAAAAAAGAAUAAAGUAAAUAGUACCGUGGAAUGAAGCAGGCAGUAAAGAUCUAUUGAUUGUGCUGUGAUAUUGGUAAAUGUGCGUCCUCAGAAAAAAUAAAUAAAUAGAAAAAUCCCUCUCUACCAGGAGGAAGCGUAAGUGGAACAAGGAAUACGUUCAAUAAUAUCAGAAAGUAGUGUUCUUUUGUGAAUAGCUCUCGGUGUUUUCGCAACUGCCAGUAACGAGUAGCGCUUGCAACAAACCUAUCGUGAACAGCAGUAGCAGCAGCAGCAGCAGCAGGGGAAAAGUUGGAGAACAAUCUGCCACACCGUUACAACAGUUGGUGCCAGUGCUAGUGGAGACAACGGUCCGUCAGCAAGUGUAACUGUGUUCGAUUUCGUCGGACGGCUGCCGUACAGAAAACAGCUUCAAAAUUAGUUCCAGCAUGGCGUUCGCUGGUCUGAAAAAGCAGAUCAACAAAGCGAAUCAGUAUGUCACAGAGAAAAUGGGCGGUGCGGAAGGCACCAAAUUGGAUCUGGACUUCAUGGACAUGGAAAGAAAAACAGACGUCACGGUAGAGCUCGUCGAAGAGUUGCAAGCAAAAACAAAAGAAUACUUGCAACCAAAUCCGACGGCCAGAGCGAAGAUGGCGGCGGUCAAAGGUAUUUCUAAAUUAUCAGGUCAAGCUAAAAGUAAUACUUAUCCACAACCAGAAGGUAUAUUGGCCGACUGUAUGCUGACCUAUGGUAAAAAGCUCGGCGAUGAUAGUAUUUUUGCAAAUGCACUCGUUGAGAUGGGUGACUCGCUCAAGCAGAUGGCAGAUGUGAAGUACUCGCUGGAUGAUAACAUCAAGCAGAACUUCCUCGAGCCCCUGCACCAGCUACAGACCAAGGAUUUGAAGGAAGUGAUGCAUCAUCGUAAAAAGCUUCAAGGACGGCGUCUCGAUUUCGACUGCAAAAAGCGACGACAGGCUAAAGGAUCUCAAAUUACAGAUGAUGAAAUUCGCAGUGCCGAGGAAAAGUUUGCUGAAUCCUUACAGCUGGCACAGGUUGGAAUGUACAAUCUGUUGGAGAAUGAUGUGGAGCAGGUUUCACAACUAGUCACAUUUGCGGAGGGGCUUCUGGAUUAUCAUUCACAGUGUGCUGAUAUUCUACGAGUACUUGUCGAAGUGUUGCAUGAGAAACGAGAGGAAGCCUCCAAUCGUCCCAAGUCGGAAUUUGUUCCGAAGACGCUUGCCGACCUGAAUAUCGAAACACUUGGCUCCCAAGAUGGAAUGAACGGUGGGCCACAUUUCCUUAAUUCCAAUAGAGUAAAAAAUUCCCAUCAUCACAUGUAUAGUUCCCAACAAAAUUUGUCCACCAAUCAAGCCAACAACAACUACAGCCACUACCAGAACCACAACCACAGCAACAACAACAACAAUACUAGUAAUUUUAACCGAAACAAGCUGUACGGCUCCCAGCAAAGCCUUUCGUCCCUAUCGGUUCGGAGCGCUGGUGGGGGCGGAAGUCGGGGUGGAGGUAGCACUGGUGGCAGUGGCGGUGGCGGCGACAAUGGAAAUGGCAACGCAAAUUCGUUUAUGCGGCCGCCUUCAUAUGGAACGGUCAGUGCACAGCAUGUAUCCUCUACGUCUACCGUAGACAACUGGCUGAACGCGUGGGAUCAGCCCAGCCAGGCGUCGGUUGUUUCUGCUCCCACCGCGACUGCCACCAGGACUGCCACGAACAAUAACCAUGGCAAACUUAAUUCUUUCGGCAGUAACAGUGUGUAUAAAAGUACUACUAGCUCUACUACUACCACUAGCAAGACUGGUACAAAAUUCGCUAACAACAACUUCAAUGAUCCCUGGUCAGCAUCACCAUUGCCAUCGCCGAUGCGUUCGCCUGCGAGAACUCCGAUGCCAGCAGCGGCAGCAGCCAAACCAACGCAACCGUGCUGUACGGCGCUGUACGACUUUGAACCAGAGAACCCAGGCGAAUUGGGCUUUAAGGAAAACGACGUUAUCACGCUCAUUCAGCGCGUGGAUGAGAACUGGUUCGAGGGCAGCGUAAACGGCAGAACCGGCUACUUUCCGCAGUCGUACGUGCAAGUCACCGUUCCCCUACCUUAGGCGCGCACCGUACGGGUUUAUUUUAAACUACGCGUAAAAAUACUGUAAUUGUAAUCGCCUCCCACCCUUGUUCCCCAUCCCCUCCGGUUCUCAAUUAAUUACUGUUGCUGAGCUACUAUUAACUGUAACAAGCCAGAUCUACUAGCUACACAACUACUACUAUUACCGUUAAUAACGUCGACGGUCAGGAGGAAAUAGAUUGACGGACGCAUGAUGAAAUCAACCACUUUCGUUUCCGUUCACUGUGUUCUGAUGACGGAUUAACAAUUUUUAUUUGACAGCCUAGCUGGGCAGAUCGAGCAUUGGUUAUCAGUAGUAUCAACGAAUGAAUGUGUGAAUGAUGAAUAAACAGAAGAGAGCAUUAUCCUUAUUUAGAUCACAAAUCAUGUAUAGUUUUUUUUUAAUUUUUGGGUUAAAGCUCUGCUUUCUUCUAACAGCACGAUGCUGACUAAUAAAUGCCGAAACAGGAAUGAAGCGAAAGAUUUUACUAGUUAUAACAAAGCAACGUAUCGCAACUAAGGAAGUAUUUACAUGAGAUUUAUUGCUGUUCAGUCAAAUUGUAAUAAAUUAGAUAUUAUGUUUUUUCCGGGCGGUGACAUGGUGAAGCACACACGAAUGGGCGGGAAUAAUCGCAGUGCAAACUAGGUAACCUACUUAGCCCCAUAGGAAUGCUGUUAGCUGCUGGAAAAUCGUCGGUUCAGUUUGCUAUGUUAGUCUGUAACGCCUAAGCAAGGUAGAAUGUAGAGAAUAUCAUGCAUACGUGCCGACUAUUUGCAGCAGGAACUACCCAAACGCAGCUCUAGUGGUACGAAUACUGAAUAACAUUGAGUAGUUCUAGCGAAGCUUAAAUUGUUUGAUUCUAGAAACAGAUUUUAUUCAUAUUGAAGUAAAACAUUAAAGUGAGUAUAGUUGUACGAUGAUGAUGCCGUAAAGAUUUAGCCACAAGGCAUCGUUGCGUUUUUAUGUUGUCUCAAGAUUAUAUACGAUAUUUUAAGGUGAAACUGUGUUAUGUGUUCCGAUUACACUUGAUCAGCAAGAGCUUCCCUCAAUGAUGCACUUUAUUGACUGUGUUAGACUAACGAUGAACGUUUAAGUUUGGCACUUCUGCACUUGGUUAACUGUUGUUUUAUCGCCGAUUUCGUUUCAGCUGGGACACGUUAAGCCCCAAAGGUACAUACCUACCUAAGGUUGUUGCUUGGGGUUGUUCGUUUUGUUCCAAUAACUCAUUUAGUUUUGCGAAUCACAUUCUCGCAGAAAGCUUUUCUUUUUGUGUUAGUACACAUUGAUAUAGAUAGGUUUGAUAGAGGUAGGUUAAACAAGUAUUACAAACAGUGUAUAUAAUUUUUACUAUUUGCUUUAAUAAACUAUAACAGCAGUCAUUGGCUAUAUGUUAGUUGUCUUUAAGUUAUUUGUCAAUUUUUGAUUAAGUUUUUUUUGCUAGGAAAGAAAUCCCUUUAUUAAACUUUUCAGUUUUUUAUGUUUCUUGACAAAUUAAGCUCUUUUGAAUGUAGGUUAUCAGGAAUAGAUGCGCCGAUUCAUUUUGAAAACAUAGAUAGGGAUUACUAACAAAUUUCAUUCACUGGGUUUCCGCUUUCAAUAUUGCAGGACAUUAUUUUUGCAAAAAAACGAAUUAAGAUGUUAAUUUGCGUAUAACGUACUGAAGUACAUUC